ACCGGCCGCACCACACCGCUGCUGUGUACAGAUCCCGCCGCACCGCAACUAGUGUUGGUGCGUCGGAGCACGCGCAGCCACGGCACCGUAGCACAGGUUAGCAGCGCCAGGAGGCUUCGGGCUUCGGGUUUCGGAUUUCGGGACGGUUGUCAUCAUCCCCGGCCCCACAGCAGUCCCCCGCCCAGCCGACACCUUGCAGCAGGAACGCACGUUGCAGCACGACACGACACCGAUGAGCCAGAGCCGAAGCGGGCGCAUGCACAGCGGGCAAAAAGGUCCUGCUGGCCUGCCGAACCGAAGCCAGUGCCGAACCGAAAACCUUCUCCCCCCACAAGCGACCGUGUGCUGUACCGGAAUGCUGUGUUGGCGCGCGCCAACCGACCAAACCUGCACACACAGCGCAAGGAGGCAAGGACUCCGAGCAACGCACACAGCCACACGAGCUCACGAGCAGGCACGAGCGGACGGCUCCGGUUCCAGGUUGACGCAGUCCGAGCUCGGCAGGCAUAAUUUAGUUAGCAUAAGACGGUCGGUAUGCAAUGAAAGUUCGUCCCUGAGGCCGGUUUCCCGGACGCGGUUGCUCUAGGCGCGCACACACACGGGGCUUCUGGUGGUGCUCGACGGUUUUUGUGUUGUUGGUGCGUGGUUUUUCGCCUCGCCUGUGUUGCCCGCCGUCCACCAGCAGUGUGUCCCCAGCGCACGGUGUCCACGGUGUGUACGUGCGUGUGUUGGUGUGAGGUGUGGAUGGGGGUUCGCUUAGCGGGGUGCGUGCAAGCUGCCAGGAUAUCGCUAGCGGUGGGGCCAUCAGGUGUGUGUGUCGGAAGUGCGGACGCGGAAUUCUAACGCGCGGCGGCAGGCUACCGUUACGUGUGCGGGAACUUCCAAUUUGCGGGAAUCCCCUGCCCAGAGGGUUGUUUGAGGGGAAUACACGAGAGUCCCCCACUGUAGAGACAGAUAAGCAGGUGAGUGUGUAGCCGGGUGCGUUGAAAAAAAAAGGGCCGAGAAGGACAUUAGGGCUUAGGUAGGUGCAGAUUGUGGUGUAGUGGGUGAGUGAAGUGUGCGCGCGGGAAUCAUUUCGAAACAGCAAACAACAUCCUCAGCAAUACAACAAUCAAACAAACUCAAAAAAAAAAACACUGUUCGCGAAACGCGCCAAGUCUGCAAGUCAACUUACAGCCGCGCCCCAACCCAAUUCGUCGAGGGAAAUUCGCCCCACGUUCGCCGGCGUCUGGGUGUGAGGGCGUCUUUUUCGGUGCCGUUUCGACCCCCCCCCCCCUCCGGAGCAGCGCACCCGAGGAUAGGCCAGGCUAUUCCUUCCUGGCGCAAAAGGUUAGCUGCUGAAAGGGGCUUCUGGCGAAAACAGCACAACCAUCGCAAAGCUUCCAGCGCCACGACACAAAACGAGCCUGCCGCAUCAAUCAAACCCGACGCAAUGCUUCCGUGCGGAACGUUCCAGUGCCGUAGUUCGCCCCGAAUGCGCCAACCAGCCAGCAUGCAACAUGCGUGACGCUCCCGCUACCAGGCGACGAACCCUUUGUUUUGCGGCGGCGGCGGCAGCAGCGAAUGCUUAAGAUGACUAGCGACGCGCACCGGACUUUCGGCAGCAGAGCGCUACAGGAACGGUUCGGUUAAGCAGGUUUGCCAUUCACUCAUCUUGCCGCUGCACCGCACCGUGCUGACGACGAUGCUGCGGGCGCUGAACGGUCAGCGGACGACGAGGUCGCGGCUAGCGGCCGUCACCGCGUCACCCUAUCCGAUCUUCUACCUGUUUCUGCUGCUGCGGGUUGGCGGCGGGGCGAAGGUGUCACCGGCGGCCGGCAGUGGGAGCCGCCAGCUGGAGCAGCGCUUCGCCAUGGAGCCGCAGGACCAGACCGCUAUCGUCGGGUCGCGCGUCACCCUGCCCUGCCGGGUGGUGAACAAGUCCGGCCAGCUGCAGUGGACCAAGGACGAUUUCGGGCUCGGGACGCACCGGAACCUGAGCGGCUUCGAGCGGUACACGAUGGUGGGCAGCGACGAGGAGGGCGACUUUUCGCUCGACAUCUCGCCCGUGAUGCUGGACGACGAUGCCAAGUACCAGUGUCAGGUGGGACCGGGCCGGGGCGGAACGCCGGGCAUUCGGUCGCGCUUUGCCAAGCUGACCGUGCUGGUGCCGCCGGAAGCGCCCAAGAUUGUGCAGGGCGACUUCAUGGUCACGACCGAGGACCGGGAGAUAGAGCUGGAGUGCGUGUCGGUCGGCGGCAAGCCGGCGGCCGAAAUUACCUGGAUCGACGGACUGGGCACCGUGCUGACGAGGGGCAUCGAGUACAUGAAGGAGCCGCUGCGCGACGCCCGCCGCUACACCGCCAAAUCGAUCCUGAAGCUGACGCCGAAGAAGGAGCACCACAACACGACGUUCACCUGCCAGGCGCAGAACACGGCCGACCGGACGUACCGGUCGGUGCGGCUGAAGCUGGAGGUGAAGUACGCGCCCAAGGUGAAGAUUGCCGUGAUCGGGGGCGCACUGAACGGGGGCCGCAUACUCGAGGGCACGGAGGUGCGGCUGUCGUGCCGGGCGGACGCUAACCCGCCCGACGUUACGUACCGCUGGUUCGUAGGCGAGGAGCUGUCGGACGGCAGUCACGCAUCCGAGUUGCUGAUAGCGAACAUCUCGCGCAAGUACCACGGCACCACGGUCCGGUGCGAGGUGCGCAAUGCGGUCGGGAAGAGCGAGGAAAGCGUCACGCUCGACAUAAGCUACGGGCCGAGCUUCCGGGCGCCGCCCCAGUCGGUCGAGGCGGACCCGGACACGACCGUCACGCUCGGCUGCGACGUGGACGGCAAUCCCGCACCGGACGUGCUGUGGAUACACGAGCCGUCCGACCAGGUCGUGUCGAGUGCGGCGAACGUAACGCUCGUCGUAACGCCGGCCACCGCCGGCCGGUACUACUGCAAGGCGAGCGUGCAGGGCUUCGCCGAGGUGGAGGCGGACGCGACGGUGUAUCUGCGCGGGCCGCCGGCCAUCAGCUCGCCGCGCCAGCAGUACGGAGCGGUGCACGACAGUGCGCAGCUCGAGUGUGUGGCCCUGUCGAUACCGAAGCCCCGGCACGUGCUGUGGUCGUUCAAUGGGCGCGAGAUCAACGUGAGCGCCGAGCCGAACGCGGCCGAGUACCGCGCACUGGACAGCCCGAUCCCGAACGGGGUGCGGUCGACGCUCAUCAUACACCACUGCCAGCGGGAACACUUCGGCCGGUACAACUGCACCGUUGUGAACGACUACGGUAUCGACUAUCUGGAAAUUGAGUUCGUCUCCAAAGAGCCAAACCUGCUGCCCGUGAUCGUGCUCGGCUCGCUCGGAGGCAUCACCAUACUGAUCAUUCUCGUCGUCAUUGCGAUCUGCCUGUGCAGCCGGCGUAACAGAAAGAAGCAUCUGCCGCCGGCCGAUGUCAUACCGAAGGUAAGAGUCCGCGCAAAUAGUCCUGUGCUCGAUCACCGAUACUCGGGAGACUUUUCCGACUCGCUGAGCCACCUGCAGUGCCCGAAGGUGGGUGGCCCGACCGGUACCGGCGGCAACAGCACCAGCAGCACCGGCAACAGCACCACCACCAACAACAACAACAACAACGGUUACGUCCCGUACGUCAACUACGCCCGGGACUACAGCCCGCCCACCCAGCACCUGAUGCAGUUUAAGGCGAGCAGCAGCAGCAACAGCAUCGGCAACGCGCUCACCGCCAAACCGCCGGCCCGGCCGCCGGCCAACGGUCAGCUGCCGACCGGCACGAUGACGCUCACGCGAAAGCGCACGCCCGCCGCCCCGCCGGACGCUGGCGGCGCCCUGCCCAGCAUCCAGAGCAGCGUAUCGUCCAUCCCGAACGGGUUAAUGAACCAUCCCAUGCUCGGUUGCCACCUCGGGCUGGACACGCGGUUCGGCGCCAACUACGGGACGCUGCACGGGCGCGGCCCCAGCCCGAUGCAGCUGCCCCCGCCGGCGACGGCCAAUCCGGCCGCGACGCCGGCCCCACCACCGUACAGCGCCACGCGCAACCAGAACUGUCUGCUCGGGCUGGGGCUGCCGCCGGCGGCGGCCGGCCCCACCACCGGCAACGGCACCAACUCGGCCGCCCUGCUAGCGACCGGCUCGAGCAGCCCGAGCUCGACCCAGUCCGGCUCGCUGUCGCUGGCCAGCUCGCAGCUCUCCCAGGCGCCAUCGAUCGCGGGCGGUACGGUCGGGAGAGAGCAGCAGCAGCAGCCCAACAGCCCUCCGGGACAGUUCAUUCUUCCUUCCAGCAACACCAUCAAACCGGGCGUACUGGCGACACACGUGUAAACCGAGCGAAAGAAAGAGAGAGAGAGAUCGGUCCCUCCUCUAAGCUGGAGCAGUGGGCAGGGGGGAGGGAACCGCAUAGAUACUUGUCAAUUCAGUUUUAAACACAUUUCCCCUCAAAAAAAAAACAAUUCUCCUUGAUAUAGUAGGGUAGCUAAUCCUCGUAUAAUCUAAGAACUGAGCUUUACUUACAUCGAUUAUCGACACAAUCGCGUCGAAGCAAACAAGCAAACACACACUCUCACACACACGCACGCAAAAAACAACACACAUACAAACUGCUAUUCUUUGCCGUCGCAUGCAAACGAGCGGUGGCGGGGAAUGUUUUUUUUUUCCACCCACUUGUAAGGCAGGAGCGGCUCUCAUUCAUCCAGCCACCCACAACGGGGAAGGACAAAUGGGACGUGGAAGACGAGCAA